AUGCCAGAGUUGUCUUGUAAAGGUACUACGAUAUCCAAGAAGGGCUUCAAGAAAGCUGUCACGAAGACUCAGAAGAAGGAGGGAAAGAAGCGCAAAAGAUGCCGCAAAGAGAGCUACUCCAUUUACAUCUACAAGGUGCUGAAGCAGGUGCACCCUGACACAGGCAUCUCCUCGAAGGCCAUGAGCAUCAUGAAUUCUUUCGUCACUGACAUAUUUGAACGGAUAGCUGGUGAGGCGUCACGCCUGGCGCACUACAACAAGCGCUCGACCAUCACGUCCCGGGAGAUCCAGACGGCUGUGCGCCUGCUGCUGCCCGGGGAACUGGCCAAGCACGCCGUGUCGGAGGGCACCAAGGCUGUCACCAAAUACACCAGUUCCAAGUAA